GGGUAGCACAUAAUACCUUGUACAACUUAUUAACCUGCGGUCCUGCAAAUGUGCUUACAUGUAUAUUUAUAAGCGAUGUUAGGGUGGGCUUGUCCUACAAAGACGGGCGGUAUACAAGAGAUUUGGGAACGAGAGCUAAACUCUCCCCAGUGUCCUACUCGGGAACAACGUGCAAGCAUACGAAGAUGGCGGCCGAAGAUGCCUUUCAAGUAACCAAGCUAAUGAGUAACGCUUCAACGAAGUAUGGGGAAACAUAGAGGGAAAGCGAAAGAAGCUACUUCUCGUCAUAAACUCAGUAAGAGUUCAAGGUUUGAGGCUGCUUGGGAUGGAAGUCAUGCAACAAGCGAUUUCGACAGUUUGCAAAAUGAUGGCGAGACACGAGAUGGUAGUAAAACAAAAGAUUAUGGUAGAGGAUUUCCUUUUCCUUUGGCUAUGUGGGAUCUAGAGCACUGUGAUCCUAAGAAGUGUUCAGGAAGGAAACUUUCAAGACUUGGGUUUGUGAAAACAUUAAAACUCUCUCAGAGAUUCAAUGGACUCAUUUUAAGUCCCUUGGGAAAGCAGUGUGUAUCACCCCAGGACCACACCAUUCUUAUGGACCAUGGAAUAGCUGUUAUUGACUGCUCGUGGGCCAAAUUGGAGACCACGCCAUUUGGAAGGAUGCGAGGUGGCAAUAUGCGCUUAUUACCUUACUUGAUUGCUGCCAACCCUAUUAACUAUGGAAAGCCUUGUAAACUCUCCUGUGUUGAGGCAUUUGCAGCUACUCUGUACAUUGUUGGUCAAGAAGAUCUGGGCACUACACUACUGAAACGUUUCAAGUGGGGAUCAUCUUUUUAUACACUGAACAGAGUUCUGCUGGACCGGUAUGCUGCUUGUAAAUCCAGCAAGGAGGUGGUCGAAGUUCAGAAUAAAUGGUUCGAGGAGUGUGAAAGAGAGCACAACUCACAAUCGUCACAAGACUUGAUGGACAUCGAUAUGACCAAGGAACAUUUCAAUCCUAACCGACCCAUUGUCAGCGACGAAUCAGAUGACAGUAACAGUGAAGUCAGUGAUGAUGACGUAAGUGAUGAUGAUGAUGAUAACGAUAAUGGUGAUGAAGAUAAUCGUCAAGCUGGAAGUUAUGACGAUGUUAGAAAAGGUAAACAUGGAAAAUAUCAAGAAGAAAGUGGAGACGAAAAGACAUUACAAAGUCAUGACCAAGGAGAAGGUGCGUGUGGUGUUCUUGGUGAAGACGAACUGUUGGUUCGUAGUGUCGACGACGAAAACCUGCUGAGUUGUGAAAAGAAUUCUAAGUUAUCAACUGAGGAGGGUUUGCUCGAAAUAACCGAGAGAACUGAACUUGUUAAGCUGGAAGAUAGAUAGCACUAGUGGCUUGUCUUCCUGCUGCCUUGAUAAAACCGUAGGAAAACGUAAAAUACACGAAAGGUAUUAAGGUAGAACCCUCCCAUUAAUGAGAGCUCCAAUUACGAGAGCUGCAACAUUUCUGAAAAAUAGUGGCGUUUCGUCCUGGACACUCUCAGUACAGUAAGACCAAAUUGUGUGAUUUACACCCCCAAGCUAGACGACGAGUAUCCGUGAUCUAUACCCGUGGGAGUCCCCUUCUUCCCCCCCCCCUCUCUCUCUCCCCCGGGGAAGAAAAACUACAAAGAUAGCAUAAUAAGCCACAGAUAGCGAGGAUAGUUGAGGUUUGGGACGAUUGAGACGCACAUAAAGGCGGAAACUAAGCCCCACCCCAAAAAAUCGCUUACACGAAGCACUCAAAACCCGAUAACGAAGCACCAAAAGUCUAAAUCGAGACUUGCUUAUUGCGAAACUUGCGAAUAGCUUCAAAUUCGAAAGCGAAGACAAAUUACGCAAAAGUCGAAAACGAAGCGGCACCAAAACGAAACACUCAGUCAAGAUUAAACAUGUGACAUCAAAAACUCUAAAAUGAAGAGGAGGGUUCUGAACACCUGAAUACCGCAAUACCGCGACACUUUAAUCGGCCGAGUCGAAACUUGAUGUCAUACUGAAACCACUACUCUGUGUGUUAGUUUAGAGCAAAUAACAGGGAAACAACAAUAAGGAAUUGUAAUUUUCGAUUUAGACAAAAUAAACAAAAUAAGUUACAUCCAUUCGCGUGUUGACUAAUAAUUAACUAAAAAUAACUUACCCUUUUCCGAUGGGAAACUGGAAAAGGCUCGGAAAACGUUGGAGGACUUGGAGAAUAAUCUUUGAUACCGUCCAAACAGUGUAAAAAAAAAAAAAAAAAA